CGGACGAGAUACUCUCGGUAGCUUGCCAGGCUCUCCAAGAGGGACAGAAGAAUAAAACCCAGAUGGCAAGAAAGAAAUUUACUGGAUUGGAAAUAUCUCUGAUCGUCCUCUUUGCUAUAGUUACUAUAAUAGCUAUUGCUUUAGUUGCUGUAUUAGCAACUAAUACACCUGCUGUUGAAGUGGAAUCCACUGUUUUAGGAAAAUGUCCAACAGAGCAAAAUAAAAGAAUAAAUUGUAUUCCAGAUCAAUUUCCAACACAGGCACUUUGUGCAAAGCGAGGCUGUUGCUGGAAGCCCCUGAAUUAUUCAUUUAUUCCCUGGUGCUUCUUCGCAGAUAAUCAUGGAUAUAUUGUUGAAAAAAUCUCAAAACCAAAUAUAGAUUUUGAAGCCAAUUUAAAAAGAAGACCUUCACCUACACUGUUUGGCGAUGAUAUUACCAGUCUUCUCCUCACAACCCAAAGUCAGACACCAAAUCGUUUUCGGUUCAAGAUUACUGAUCCAAAUAAUAAAAGAUUUGAAGUUCCUCAUCAGUUUGUAAAAGACUUUUCAGGACCCCCGGCUUCUAAUACAUUGUAUGACGUGAAAGUUACUGAAAAUCCAUUUAGCAUAAAAGUUUCUAGAAAAAGCAAUAAUAAAACUUUGUUUGACACUAGCAUUGGCCCCCUCGUGUACUCUGACCAGUAUUUACAGAUAUCAACCAGACUCCCCAGUGAGUACAUGUAUGGACUCGGGGAACAUGUUCAUAAGAGAUUUCGUCAUGAUAUACAGUGGAAAACAUGGCCGAUUUUUACUCGUGAUCAACUACCUGGUGAUAAUAACAAUAACUUAUAUGGCCAUCAAACAUUUUUCAUGGGCAUUGAAGAUACAUCUGGAAAGUCUUUUGGUGUUUUCUUAAUGAACAGCAAUGCAAUGGAGGUUUUUAUCCAGCCUACUCCAAUCGUAACUUACAGAGUGACUGGUGGCAUUCUGGAUUUUUACAUCUUUCUAGGAGAUACUCCAGAACAAGUAGUUCAACAGUACCAAGAGCUCACUGGACGACCUGCAAUGCCAUCAUAUUGGAGUCUUGGAUUCCAACUGAGUCGCUGGAAUUAUACGUCACUGGAUGUAGUGAAGGAAGUGGUAAAAAGAAAUCGUGAUGCCGGUAUACCAUAUGAUACACAGGUCACCGAUAUUGACUACAUGGAAAACAAGAAAGACUUUACUUAUGACAAUGAAACAUAUAAUGGACUUCCUGAUUUUGUUAAAGAUUUGCAUGACCAUGGACAGAAAUAUGUCAUAAUUUUGGACCCUGCAAUUUCCAUAACUCCUCGCACCAGUGGGGCACCAUAUGAAACCUAUGAGAGGGGAAAUAAAGAUCAAGUGUGGGUAUAUCAAGCAGAUGGGACUACUGCACUUAUUGGAGAGGUAUGGCCAGGAUUAACAGUAUACCCUGACUUCACUAAUCCAAAAUGCAUAGAUUGGUGGGCAAAUGAAUGCAGCAUUUUCCAUCAGGAGGUGAAAUAUGAUGGACUUUGGAUUGACAUGAAUGAAGUUUCCAGCUUUGUUCAUGGUUCAACAAAAGGAUGCAGUGAUAACAAACUAAAUUAUCCACCUUUUACUCCAGAUAUUCUCGACAAGGUCAUGUAUGCCAAGACCAUUUGCAUGGACGCCGUGCAGCACUGGGGAAAGCAGUACGACGUCCACAGCCUGUACGGGUACAGCAUGGCCAUAGCCACAGAGAAAGCUAUUGAGAAAGUUUUUCCUAAUAAGAGAAGCUUUAUUCUAACUCGGUCAACUUUCGCUGGAAAUGGAAGGCACGCUACACAUUGGUUGGGAGACAAUACUGCUUCCUGGGAGCAAAUGGAAUGGUCUAUCACAGCAAUGCUGGAGUUUGGCUUAUUUGGAAUGCCUUUUAAUGGAGCAGAUAUCUGUGGGUUCGUGGGUGAAACUACAGAAGAACUUUGCAGACGAUGGAUGCAAUUGGGAGCAUUUUAUCCAUUUUCCAGGAACCAUAAUGCAGAAGGUUAUAGGCAUCAAGACCCAGCAUAUUUUGGACAGGAUUCUCUCUUGGUUAACACAUCCAGGCACUAUUUGAAUAUCCGCUAUACCUUGCUGCCUUUCCUCUAUACUUUGCUCUAUAAAGCGCAUGUCUAUGGAGAAACGGUAGCGAGGCCAUUCCUUUAUGAAUUUUAUGAGGAUGAAAAUAGCUGGGUUGAGGACCUUCAGUUCUUAUGGGGUCCUGCAUUACUUAUUACCCCUGUCUUGAGGCAGGGAGCAGAAAUUAUGAAUGCAUAUAUCCCUGAUGCCACUUGGUAUGAUUAUGAAACGGGUAUAAAACGACCCUGGAGAAAACAACGUGUUGAUAUGCCUCUUCCAGCAGAUAAAAUAGGAUUACAUCUUAGAGGUGGUUAUAUUAUUCCCACUCAACAACCUGCUGUCACUACAGUGGCAAGCCGGAAGAAUCCUUUAGGACUGAUCGUUACAUUAGCUGAUAAUAACACAGCAAAAGGAGACUUUUUCUGGGAUGAUGGAGAAUCUAAAGAUUCCAUAGAACGUGGCAACUAUAUAUUUUAUACAUUUUCUGCUUCAAAUAACAAAUUGGACAUUACAUGUACACAUUCAUCAUAUCAGGAAGGAACAACUUUAGCAUUUGAGACUGUUAAAGUCCUCGGUUUGACAAAAAACGUUACACAAAUUGCAGUGGUGGAAAAUAAUCAAUCAAUUGCCCAUAGCAAUUUUACUUAUUUUGCUUCCAAUACGAGUCUCAUAAUUGAUAAUCUCAAGUUAAAUCUUGGAAGAAACUUUUCUGUUCAAUGGAAUCAAAUUGACCCAGACAAUUACCUUGAAACCAAAGAAAAAUGUGAAGAACAUGGAUGUUUAUGGAAAACAGGGAAUCUCAGAUCCAAAGUGCCUAAGUGUUAUUUUCCUAGACAAUGCAACUCUUACUUAGUUAAGUCAAUUCAUUACUCAACAAUGGGUGUAACAGCUGAUCUCCAGUUGAGUAAUGCAAAUACUUGAAUAAAGAUGCCUUCUGAACCUAUCUCAACUCUCCGUGUGGAGGUGAAAUAUCACAAAAGUGACAUGCUAAAAUUUAAGGUGUAUGAUCCUAAAAAUAAGAGAUAUGAAGUGCCUGUACCACUGGAUAUUCCAACUAUUCCAACAACUACAUAUGAAAAUAGACUUUAUCCCUCACUCGCCAAAAAAAAUCCUUUGGGCAUCCAGAUUCAACAGCGAAGUACAGGAAGAGUUAUGUAA